AUGGGAUGUUUUUCAUCUAAAUCAAUAUUAGACGAAAGAAUUGAAUAUCUGGAUUCUCGAUGUUCACAAACUGAAUUUCGAUACAUUGAUGGUAGAAGAUUUCACAACGUGGAAAAUGUUAAAUAUAAUUUACCAAACGAUGAAAAUGAAACAGAUAGGUUACAUUUACAGCAUUUCUUAUUAAGAUAUCUCUGGCAAAGCAACUUUUCUGCUCCUGUCGACCAUCUUUUGUCUAAACCAGAUACUAAAGUCCUCGAUGUUGUUGGAUUAGAUAUAUCUCCACACCAACCAUCUACGAUAAAACCUAAAAAUUUUGAAUUCGUUAGGGCAAACGCUGAAGAAAGAUUACCAUUUGAUGAUAAUACUUUUGAUUUUGUAUUUCAACGAUAUUUAGUAUUUAGUCUUACAGAAGAGAAGUGGCCACACGUAGUAAAUGAGUUGAUUCUCGGCAAUUUGACUUCCGCGUAUGCUUCUCUUAAACCUGUAUUACCAAAAAAAUUGCAAGUUUCUGAUGAAGAAUAUGAUGAGUUGACUAAAAUUUCCGAAAAAGAAGUAGUGGAACUUAAUUCUUAUUUCCAAAUAGUUCGUGUUUAUGCAAGCAAAGCUUUUUUAUAA